GUAAACGUCAAAACGAGAAGGAUGAAAAAUUAUGAUUUGGGGUUGUAACUUUUUCAUUAUUUUAUACAUAAUUAUUUGUUUUAGUAAAAAUUCAUUAUUAACUAUACAAGAUAAUUCAAUUGAGUCAGCAGAAGAAACUGUUUUAGAAGACUAUCUUCUUUGCCGAGGGUGCGGAUCUGAUACAGCUCCAACGAACCUUAUUGUUACAAAACUAAGUGAUAAAUAUUUGGCGUACUCAAAUGAAACAUUAUUUGGUAAGAGAAAGGUAAUCGUGCAAUUAGUUGGUAAUGCAAGAAAGGAACAAUUUGAAAUAAUUGUUUUAAAAAAAGCUAGCUGUUCAUUAGUAAUAAUAGAUAACAACUGGAAGACUUUGUAUACAUUUUUUGAAGGAUACGCUUGGAAAUAUUGCUUUUGCCCGAGGUGCUCUGCUCACAUAGGUUGGAUGUUUGAACCAAUUGAGACGGCAUUGCCAAGUUUAAAACUACCGUCUGAUAAAGGAUUUUAUGCAAUUGAUCUAAGAAAUAUAGUAGCUGAAAGUGAACUAAAAUCAAUUAUUGCUACACAAUAUAAACAAGAUCUCUGAGGGUAUUGUAGAAUAAAGCAACAACUCAAAAUGGUCGAUCCAAAUCGGAAAAUUAAUCGUCUUACUGAUAAAGAUAUUGAGUUCUUGGACGAAUGUGAAGAAGAAUUUGCUUAUCGUUAUACUGAAAACGAUGAAGAA